AUGGCUCCCAACAUGAUUAUCGAAGCUGCCCAAACGUUCGGCUCCGGCUCGACCGUGGCCCAGCGCAAAGAGGCCAGUGAAAUGAGAAGAACUCUCAAACCUCUGAUGGAGAAAAAGAGGCGCGCACGCAUCAAUGACAGCCUGAAUCACUUGAAGACUCUCAUUCUCCCGCUCGUUGGCAAAGAUAAUUGCCGCUACUCCAAAUUGGAAAAAGCUGACAUCCUUGAAAUGACCGUUAGAUUCCUCAGUGAUCUUCCCUCCUCUCCUGUCAAAGGUUCAACUGACAGUUACAAAGAUGGCUACAAAGCUUGUCUCCAGCGCGUCUCAACGCUGCUCCCUCAAACCAGUCUCGAUAAAGACGCCUGCCAUCGGGUGAACGACUUCAUCAACAAGUCCAUGCCCGCAGUGGCCCCAACGUGUCAAAACUGUUGCGGACAGACCUCCAAGAUGCUACCACAAAUCCAAGAGAAAAUUCAGAGCAUCAAGUCUGCAGCGAAACUAGCUCAGAGCCAGACCAGCAACAUUGUCGCUCCCCUCGCCAACUGCGCACAGCCUGCGCAACAGGCAAUUGCUGCCAACAUGUGGAGACCUUGGUAG